AUGGUUCCUGCAAAGAAGGUUGGUGAGAAAAAUAAGGACCAUUCUACUAUCAACGAGAUGGUGAUUGGAGAAUACACCAUCAACAUUUACAAGCGCAUCCAUGGAGUGGGCUUCAAGAACUGGACCCCUCGGGCCCUCAAAGGGAUCUGGAAGUUUGCCAUGAAGGAGAUGGGGACUCCUGAUGUGCACACUGAUACCAGGCUCAACAAAGUUGUCUGGGCCAAGAGAAUAAGGAAUGUCCCCUAUUUUAUCCAUGUGUGGUUGUCCAGGAAACACAAUGAGGAUGAGGAUUCACCUAACAGGCUUUAUACUUUGGUGACCUAUGUCCCUGUUAUGACAUUCAAAAAUCUACAGUCAACGGGAAUGAAAACUUACUUCUUUUUUUAA